GCGGUCUGCCCCAGUCCGCACGCCGCAUGACCGGCUUCGGUAUUCACACCUUCAAGCUGGUGGGUCACGACGGCAAAUUCCGCUACUGCAAGUUCCACUUCAGACCUGUGCUGGGCUCCCACAACUUCACCCCCGAGGAGGCCACUCGCAUGGCUGGUGUCAACCCCGACUUCCACAACGAGGACCUCUUCCAGGCCAUCCUGCGCGGUGACUACCCCAAGUGGAAGUUCUACAUCCAGGUGAUGGAGCCCGAGCAGGCUGAGACCUACGGCCGCGCCGUCUUUGAUAUCACCAAGGUGUGGCCUCACAAGGACUUCCCUCUGAUCGAGGUCGGCGAGAUGACUCUCAACCGCAACCCCGAGAACUUCUUCGCCGAGAUCGAGCAGGCCGCUUUCUCACCCUCCAACCUGGUGCCGGGUAUCGCCGUGACCCCUGAUCCUAUGCUCCAAGCGCGUAUGUUCGCCUACCCCGAUGCCCAGCGGUACCGUCUGGGCGUCAACUACACGCAGCUGCCGCCCAACCGGGCCAUCUGCCCCGUGUAUGCGCCCUACGAGCGUGACGGUCUGGCCACCAUGGGCCGCAACUACGGUGGCGACCCGAACUACAUCAAGAGCACCCUGACCCCUGGCGUGUUCAGCCAGUCGGUGCAGGAGGUGCGCCACCACGAGUGGCUGCGCUCCGGCGCGGUGCUGGGUCUCAACGAGAUCCCCGUGGACGACGAGGACUUUGUGCAGCCCCGUGCCUUGUGGAACAAUGUGUUCGAUGAGGCCGAGCGCAGCCUGUGGGUGGACAAUGUGGCGGGAGCCCUGGAGGGAGUUGUGCCGGAGAUUCAGAAGGCCACCAUUGCCAUGUUCAGCCGGGUGGAGCCGCAGAUUGGUCAGAGGUUGGAGGCCAAGCUCAAGAGCUCUUCCCGCUUGUAAGUGGAAAGCGGGGAAACUUAUUUGACCAUAGAUGUAUCAAUGAUAGACGAUAGACAAUAUAGAGAGCCAUUCGAACAAGGAA